CCCCACACAACCAAAUAAGGGAAUUUCACCAUGUCCUACACCGGCCACUGCAUAUGGAAAGGCAUCCAAGUCUCGCUGGAUCAACAGCCUGCGGAUUUUCUGCGAUGUCAUUGUACGACACCCCCCCUCAACCCCAUAACCUCCACCGACGUCCUCAUCAAAGUCGCCGCCGCCGGCUUCUGCCACACGGACUACCAAGUCUACGAAGGCGUCUAUAAUUCCCGGGAAAUCCGACUGAUAGUUCGAAACGGAUCCGAGGGGUCGCCUGCUCUACCGAUUUAGAGGGAUAGGGCCUAGCUUAGAUCCAUGAAUGGAUCUAUACCUUACUAUCAGGUCAUCUUGUCUGGUGGCAAGCAGCAGUUCAGACUCGGGGGAAGUGGCAGCGGAAGAGGGG